CAUCAGCAAGGCUGUCCUUGCUGGCAAUGAGCCACACCUGCCUAUGUGUGGGAAUGGCGCCGUUUGGAUUCAGCAGGUGGGGGAGAAAACCUACAAGUGUCCCGAGUGUGGGAAGAGCUUCAGUCGGAGUUCAUACCUGAGCCAGCACCAGAGGAUCCACCAGGCAGAGAAACCCUUCAGCUGCUCCGAAUGUGGGAAGAGUUUUACCCGCAAUUCGGACCUGAUCAAACACCAGCGGAUCCACACAGGGGAGAAGCCCUACCAGUGCAGCGAGUGCCAAAAGACCUUCAGCCAGAGGUCAAAUGUGAUCAGGCACCAGCGCACCCACACGGGAGAGAGACACUACCUGUGCAAUGAAUGUGGGAAAAGCUUCAGCCAGAACUCACAUCUCAUUGUCCACCAGCGAAGCCACAAGGGUGAGAAACCCUUCAAUUGCCCACGGUGUGAGAAAAGCUUCAGUGACCGCUCCUCCCUGAUCAUACAUCGGAGGGUUCACACUGGAGAGAAGCCCCACAAGUGCCAGGAGUGUGGGAAGCAUUUCCGGGACAGCUCAGCCAUCAUUCGACACCAGAGGAUUCACACGGGAGAGAAACCCUACAAGUGCACAGAGUGUGGGAAGACUUUUCGGCAGAGCUCCUCACUGGUGACCCACAUGCGUACGCACACAGGUGAGAGGCCCUACAAGUGCCCCGUGUGCGGGAAGGGCUUCAGCCAAAGCUCGGCACUCACCACUCACCGCCGGAUCCAUGGGGGAAAGGCCUUGCCCCUGUGCCACGGCUUCCUGCCCAGUCCCUUCCAGUGCACCGAGUGUGGCCGGAGGUGCAGCGACCACUCCACCCUGGCCAAGCACCAGAGCCUGCACACCGAGGAGCGGCCCCACAUCUGCGUGGAGUGCGGGGACAGCUUCCGCCGGAGUUCAGCUCUCAACGUGCACCUGAGGAUCCACCGUGGUGAGAAACCCUACAAGUGUGAGGAGUGUGGGAAAACGUUCCGGCACAGCUCGGCCCUCGGUGCCCACCUGAGGAUCCACACGGGAAACAAGCCCUACAAGUGUGUCGAGUGUGAGAAAACCUUCCGUAAAAGUUCAACACUUAAAGUGCAUUUGAAAAUCCACGCAGCCAAGAAACCUCAUAAAUGUCUGGUGGGUAGAAGAAUCCUCACCUCCCCCUCACUUCUGCUAUAAACCUGGAGUGGAUGUUCAGAGCAGGAAUAUAAAGUAGUUUUUGGGGGUAUCUGAAUGCAUGGUGAGAACCAUGGGAAGAGACUGACUGGAGAGGUGGUGUAUUUGGUGUUAGGGCUGGGUGUUCAACCCCAGAAGCACAAAAAACUUCAGGAGAUUUGGAAACCGGGAGCCAGUCCCAAGAGUUGAGUGCUGGGGGUUUAGGAAGAGUGCCAAGAGCUUGAGGAAUGAGCACCAGCUUC